AUGGCGACCAAGAACAGCCCUAGUAGCCCCAUGCCUAUGGACGCAGCCCGGGGGGACCCUGGGGAGGCGGCAGCCCUGCCGGGCUCUAAUGCUGCCAUCCGGGACGCGGGCUCGGCCACCCAGCUGAAGGUGAAGGCCAAGAAGGUGCGCAAGAUCAAGGCGCUCAUCAUCGACCUGGGCUCCCAGUACUGCAAGUGCGGCUACGGGGGCGAGCCGCGGCCCACCUACUUCAUCUCGUCCACUGUGGGCAAGCUCUGCCCCGAGGCCGCCCAGGCCGGCGACACCUGCAAGCAGACCUACGUGGGCCACGAGCUGCUCAACACCGAGGUGCCCCUGAAGCUGGUGAACCCGCUGCAGCGCGGCGUGGUGACCGACUGGGACAGCGUGCAGAGCAUCUGGGAGUACGUGUUCCACACGGCCAUGAAGAUCGCGCCCGAGGAGCACGCCGUGCUGCUCUCCGACCCUCCGCUCAGCCCGGUCUGCCACCGGGAGAAGUACGCCGAGCUGCUGUUCGAGGCCUUCGCCAUCCCCGCCAUGCACGUGACCUCGCAGUCGCUGCUGUCCAUCUACUCGUAUGGCAAGACCUCGGGGCUGGUGGUGGAGAGCGGCCACGGCGUGUCGCACGUAGUGCCCGUCUCGGACGGCGACGUGCUGCCCGGCCUGACCCUGCGCGCCGACUACGCGGGCGCCGACCUCACCGCCUACCUGAUGCAGCUGCUCAACGAGGCCGGACACAAGUUCACGGAGGACCACCUGCACAUCAUCGAGCACAUCAAGAAGAAGUGCUGCUACUCGGCCCUGCUCCCCGAGGAGGAGCUGCAGCUGCCCCAGGAGGAGCAGCGUGUGGACUACGAGCUCCCGGACGGCAAGCUCAUCAGCAUCGGCCAGGAGCGCUUCCGGUGCUCGGAGAUGCUCUUCCGGCCCUCCCUGGUGGGCUGCGGCCAGCCUGGCCUGCCCGCGCUCACCGCCGCCUGCCUGAGCCAGUGCCAGGAGGCCGGCUUCCGGGAGGAGAUGGCCGCCAACGUGCUGCUGUGCGGCGGCUGCACCAUGCUCGACGGCUUCCCCGAGCGCUUCCAGAGGGAUCUGAACCUCCUCUGCCCCGGCGACAACCUCACCGUGUCGGCGGCUCCCGAGAGGAAGACCUCGGUGUGGACCGGAGGCUCCAUCCUGGCCUCCCUGCAGGCCUUCCAGCAGCUCUGGGUCAGUAAGGAGGAGUUCCUGGAGCGAGGCAGCGCCGCCAUCUACAGCAAGUGCUGA